AUGCCUAUCUCCAAGAAAGCCAGAGUCCAGCGCGAGCACAAGGCAGCCGAAAAGGCUGGCACCCGCGCUCCGGUGAAGGCAAACGGCCUUCCAGUUAAGGCUCCAAAGCCAACGUCAAUUUGCCAGAAUUGCCGCAAGGAACUGGUAUCCACAAAUGUUCCACAGCUCGAGGCCCAUGCGGCCACUCACGACACCACGUUGUGGCCAAAAACCAAGUGCUUCCCCAAAGACUUUGCGUGA